CCCCUCCUCCGCGCCCAGUACCUCCUCGCCCUGCGCGGCGUCGACGUCGCCAACGACGAGACCCUCAAGGUCGAGGAGCCCUCCUUGCUCAUGCUCGUCCUCGAGGCCCGCGAGGAGAUCGAGGACGCGGAGUCCGAGGCCGACCUCGAGCAACCCCGCGAGGCCAACGACGCCCGCAUAGCCGCCAGCGAGGAGGCUCUCGACGCAGCUUUUGCCAACGACGACAUCGACGCCGCCAAGCGCGAGGCCGUGCGGUUACGGUACUGGGUCAACAUCAGGGACACCCUGCAUCACUGGGAGCAGGGCAAGCCCGUCGUCCUGCAGCAUUAA